AUGUUCCGUGAUGCUUAUCAGGGUUUUGUUCCCGUGCUCUCGGGCCAUCAUAGCGUCUUUCCCCAUGACCACUCACAAAUUCUCAAUCAGAACACCAUAUUCAAUACUUGGAAUGGUUCUUUCCAAUAUCCUUAUAAUUGCUCUCCGGUGGUUCAUCAUCCACUCGAGCAAAUUCAGCGAGUACCAGAGGCAAAGGGUUCUAGGGCCUUAAACAUAGUUGAUCCUGUCACAAAGAAGAAUAUAGAUCUUCCGUCGCUUGCUAAUUCAUCUAGUAAUGCCACACGGCAGACAAAAUCUCUAAUUAAAUUUGAUCUGCUCGGAAAAAAAGCUCCUCCAUCAAACUCAGCCGACGACAAAAAGCAGAUAGUGACUGACGGAUUAACUCCAAGCAUUCCUGAAAAUACUUCUUCGCUGGUUACUUCAUCUGACUCGUACGCCUCUUUUCCUGCCGCAAUAGAUCAAACACCUGCUUCCUCUCAGUCACCUGUGGCCGAUUCCACUAUCUCGAUCUCGAUUCCCCUACACUCUGUUGAUUUUCGGUCCGCACCUGAACAAAGUGUCGAGCAGGGGCUGCCGCAUUCAUACCAGACAAUCACAGAAUCUGCUGGCAAAAACGUGGAUGUAUCCCCAGCCCCCGAGCCCCCCCCUGGGUUACUAGAGCCUCCAUCCUACUCACAAUCGAAUGACAUCCUCCCGGAGAUUAAGCCAGAUGAUAUCUCUUGCGAGAUAAUUUGCAAUGAAUUGAUUAGUGAAAAAAUAGUCACACCUGAGCUAAGUACCUCAUCAUUUACCAGCGAAGCAUUUAAACAUAAUGGAACGAACGAUAAGGAGGCCGAUGAUAGACAUCAUCUUGUCAAAGAUCCUAUUUGUGAGCCACCUAGGACUCAAGAUCCUCGACCACGCCAGAGGUCAUCCAAGCCUCCCAACUUGGAGUCUAAAUCCAUAAAGCCCUUGGAUGGGAUCCAUGCCGUCACAGCCAAAGAUACAUUUCCACAUUUUCAACUUAUUGAAGAAACAUCUGAAUCCGGUUCCGAGUGCGAUAUGCGUGGUAAAAGACCACACGGAAAGAAUCUUAUUCGUGAGUCAGCUAGACACACUGAUAACAGUGUGCGUAAUAAAUCUUCAAGGCCAGUUCGUUUGAAAUCUUCAUUUAGUCUGGACCCAAGUCAAGACAGUGAAGCAAAUUCUUCUGUGGCUUCCGUUAAAGUUGACGCGACGGCCUGUACUACGCGUGAUUCCCUGAAAUCCUCCGAUCGGCCACAGCCUAAUUUAGCUAAGACUUUUCAACCUCAAACUCAUAGUGAGGAUGACUCUGUGGAAAUUAAGAAACCACAUCUCAAGGAUUCCGAUCAAGAAGUUGUUCAAAGUGUUUCCGACCUUGAUCAAGAACCAAAAUUGGAACCUAUUCGUGGCAGAAAGAUGUAUAGCAGA